CCUAGAAAAAACAGACAGCAGGAGCAGCAGAAAAACCUCUCCGGCAUCCGGCUGCCGGGUCUCCGAAAUCCUCCAUGGCGCUCCGCUGGGGAAUCUGCUCGGCUGGGAAGAUCAGCCACGAUUUCCUCGUGGCUUUGCAGACUUUGCCAGUGGCGGAUCACAAGGCAGUUGCCAUUGCUGCUCGUGAUCUCAAGCGUGCCCAGGAAUAUGCUGAACAGCAUGGGAUUUGCAGGGCAUAUGGAUCUUACGAAGAACUGGCACAGGACCCUGACGUAGACGUGGUCUACGUAGGGUCACUUCAUACCCAGCACUAUGCUCUCACCCUCCUCUUCCUCCGGGCGAAGAAGAACGUUCUGUGUGAAAAACCCAUGGCCAUGAACGCGGCUGAAGUCCGGGAGAUGAUCAAAGUGGCCCGAGAGAAUGACGUCUUCCUCAUGGAGGGAUUCUGGACUAGAUUCUUCCCUGUGUCAGAGCAGAUCCGCACGAUGCUGCAACAGAAAGAUCUCGGGGACUUAAAGGUGCUCCGAGCUCAGCUGGGCUUUAAGAUGGAUGACACCCCAAGACUGGUGGAUAAGAAGCUGGGCGGAGGUGUCAUUAUGGAUUUGGGCUGCUACUGCAUCCAGUUCGCUUCUAUGGUUUUCGGGCCGGAAAAGCCGCAAAGCAUUGUGGCCUCAGCAUUUCUACAUGACACAGGAGUGGACGAAACAACAGCCAUCAUCCUCAACUACUCAGAGAACCGGCAGGCCGUGCUUAAUUUCACCAUGAUGAUCAAUCUACCAGGAGAGGCAUUAAUUGGGGGAACCGAAGGGAUCAUUAAGAUCCCCAACCACAUGAACAGUCCCACGGUCAUGUUCCUGAAAGGCAACCGGUGGGAGUGGCCCCUGCCCCCCUCCCCUGAACCGCUUUUCUUUGAGCAUGACAUUGGGCUGCGAUACGAAGCGGAACACGUCCGCCAGUGUCUGCUGAAGGGUUUGAAGGAAAGCCCUGUCAUGCCCUUGUGCGAGAGCGAAAUCAUCGCCACCACGAUGGACGAGGCACGGAGGCAAGUGGGGGUCAUCUACGAGCAAGACACCGCUGUACAGGCCAACCAAGGCAAUGAGGCUGGCCAAUAAACAUUUACUUUUUGCCCAAACGUUU